CCAAGCAUUUUAAUAUGCAAGAUUAUAUGUUUGGUGUCGCUUAACCUUUUGAUUCGCUAAGUAGUUCGUUUAGUAUAUCAUCGAUUCGGGCUUCCUUCUCGUUUGUGCUCUCUUGAUAUUCUUAUAGCUAAAAACAAAGAAUUCGGCCUCAUUUUCAACAUCUUCAAACUUUCUUACUUUUGCACAACUUCGCGAGUUUGAAUCGUGAAAUGAAGAUCGAAAGUGUGGUCUUGAUGUUAUGCGCAAUGGUCAUAGCGAUACCAUGGGCGCAAAGUGUUUCCGAAGGACCAAAAGGAGUGGAAGAAUGGUUCAAAGAGCUUCCCAUUAAAAAACAAAAGGUUACAAAGUUGCAUUUUUAUUUUCAUGAUACCACAACUGGACCAAGGCAAACCGCCUUCCAAAUAGCCGAAUCCAAUAUCAGCUCAACGACGGUUACACAAUUUGGUCGCACGUUUAUGUUUGACAACCCAUUGACCGUUGAACCGGAUGCAAGGUCCAUGAGGAUUGGUAAAGGUCAAGGGUUCUUUGGUGCUGCUUCCUUUGAAGAACCUAGGUUUCUUAUGAACCUUAACUUUGUGUUUACACAAGGGAAGUAUAACGGUAGCACUCUACAGUUUCUAGGAACAAACCCGAUACUUCAUCGGGUUCGCGAGAUGUCUAUUGUUGGUGGGACUGGGGUUUUUCGACUAGCACGUGGCAUUGCGACGGCUCAAACGUAUUUUCUCAACGAUACAUCUUCUAUCGUUGAAUAUAAUCUUAUGGUGAUUCAUUAUUGAGCUCGAUGAUUUUAUAUACUUAGUCAUUUGAUUAUGUAUUUAAAUUUGAAGGUUCAAGACAAAAUAAAAGUGAUGUUACGCUAUGUGCUCUUUGUUUUUGAUAUUGGCAAUGUAUUCAUAAUUGAAUCCGCUUUUAUUAUUGGA